AUGUCCACAUCGUCACAGCCUACCCCAGACACCUCCAGGCACAAGCCGCAGAGAGUCCUUGCAUGCGUACUCUGCCAACAACGCAAAGUGAAAUGCGAUCGGACAUUUCCCUGCUCAACCUGCAAAAAGCACGGAGCGCAGUGUGUGCCGGCUACUCAGCCGCGGCAGCGCAAGCGGAGAUUUCCUGAGCGAGAGCUGUUGGAACGACUGAGGAAGUAUGAGGCGAUAAUGCGGCAGAAUAAUGUCAAGUUUGACGCACUUCAUGAUAGGCCGAAUGAUGUAGAGAAGAGUUCGCCUGAUGACUACUAUUCCGACCACGAACAGGGGGAUGAUGAGAGUUCUCGGGCUAGAUCUGAGGAAACGACUGAGGCUAAAGAUAUUUGGAAGGCGAUGCGCCAAGGAUACCGAGAUCCACAUGAUACCUUCUACGACAACAUCUUCAACACACACGAUCAAUCGUUCACAAGUGACGAGCAUAUGCUCUUCGGCUCCCGCCAAACUGCCGUCGAGCUAUCCACCUUGCACCCCGAACCAGCUCACCUGUUUCGUCUGUGGCAGGUCUAUCUCGAUAAUGUCAACCCUCUGCUCAAAGUGACACACACGCCGACUCUUCAGGGUCGUAUUGUUGAAGCCGCAUCUAGUCUGAAGGACACCCCCCCUACGCUGGAGGCACUGAUGUUUGGUAUUUACUGCGUCGCAGUGCUGAGUCUUGAUGAAGAAGAGUGCCAGGCUAUGUUCAAACAAUCCAAGGUGCAGCUUUCGACGAGAUUCCAGUUUGGAUGUCAACAGGCGUUGGUGAACAGUCAGUUUUUGCGUACUGCUAGCCGUGACUGCUUGACUGCUCUAUAUCUAUAUCUAAUAUCCGUUCGGUCUGCAACGCACCCAAAGUCCAUCUCAUCCAUGCUCGCCAUAGCAAUCCGCAUCGCAGAGCGAAUGGGUCUUCCAAUCGAAGCCAGAAACACCAAAUGCAGCAUCCUCGAAGCAGAACUCCGCCGAAGACUAUGGUGGUCCCUUGUCCUGUUUGACUCUCGCGUCAGCGCACUAGGAGAUCAUAAAAUGACCACCCUCGUUCCGGGAUGGGACUGUGCAUUGCCCACCAACGUCAGCGACUCGGAACUUCGAGAAGAGACCAAGACACCGCCAAAGCCUCAGGAACAAGCUACCGAGGCCAUUUUUGCUGUUGUUAGAAGCGAAAUUGGCGAUUGUAUCCGCAAUAGUCCAUUUUACAUCGAGUUCACUAAUCCGGCUGUGAAGCCGCUGGCAAAGAAACUCCCAGAGGAUAGCGACGCCGUUUUGGAGAAGGAACUCGAGGACAAAUAUCUCCGAUUCUGUGAUGCUGAAAACCGUGUUCACUUUAUGACCUUUUGGACAGCGCGCGUGAGCAUCGCAAACCGCCGUCUCAUGAGUGAUUACCUUCUCAUGCUCGAUUCCUCCACCAAGUAUACACCAGCGCACCAAGAAGCUGCGGUGAGACAAGCCAUCACAUGGCUCGAAUGCGACACCAAGCUCGCAAACUCACCUCUCACAAAGGGAUUCCAGUGGUUCAUCCAGAUAUACUUCCCAUUCCCUGCUUACGUCCGCAUUGUGCAGUACAUGAAAGGGAAGCCAUUUAGCAGCGAGACAGAACGAGGAUGGAAAGCCAUGCAUGAUAAUUACUCGGCCAGAUCCCGGCCAGUGUCUCUUGUGUAUACUGCCGUGUUCGUACCCUUUACUAAUAUUGUCAUGGGUGCCUGGGAUGCUGUCAAGACGGCAUACGAUAAGGCCGGGAAGGAGACAAAGACACCUGAACUUGUCGAGUUUAUUAACGAGAAGGUGGCGGAGAUGUCUCUGAGCAACACUGAGCAGGCUGGGGAGCAGUCCGAGGGCUUCACUGGGAUGGAUAUGGAUGAUAUGGGUAUGCCGAUGUCUUUUGGAUUUGGCGAUCCUGGUAUGUUGUUUGGGCAAGGUGGAUUUGGGGGAGGCUCUGGUGCGUCAUACGUUUCAGAUAAUUCUCCAGUCGCUCUUGACAUGAGCCAACUGAACUGGGGUUCGAUGGGUUGGGGAUCUGGUGGUAACGGAACCUUUUAG